AUGAACGCCAAAGAUACCUCAACACACCCGGAUUUGGAGACGCAAGAGAUCUCGCCGACUUCCGAAAAAGCCCCAGAUGGAGGAUAUGGUUGGAUCGUCACAACCUCAGUGGCUAUCAUCAACGGCCACUCAUGGGGUAUUAACGCAGCAUAUUCUGUCUUCCUAGCCCACUUCGUCAAAGAGAAUACAUUCCCUGGCACAACGCCACUUAUAUAUGCCAUGGCUGGAUCCCUCAGCGUAGGCGUCAUGAUGCUGAUAUCCCCAUUCGCGACAUUCAUGGCUAGAGAACUUGGCACAAGGCCGACGAUGCUUAUUGGGGCUAUAGUACAGUCUGUCAGUCUUGUUUGUGCAAGCUUGUCAACUGAAAUAUGGCAAUUGUUUCUCUCUCAGGGAGCACUCUUUGGAAUUGGAAUGGGAUUGCUGUUUUUACCGUCUUAUGGAAUUAUAUCGCAGUGGUUCACGAGACGAAGAGCCUUGGCUAACGGCAUUGCCAUCGCUGGAGCUGGUCUUGGAGGGUUGACAUACUCACUCGCUACUGGGGCCAUUAUUCGCAACAUGGGCUUGGAAUGGGCUAAUCGGAUUCUGGCAAUCGUAUCAGCGGUGGCGAGCAUCACCUGUACACUUCUUAUACGAACUCGAUACAACUCCCAAGCAACGAGACUCGCUUUCGACAUGACACUUCUACACAGACCGGAGUAUCUUCUUGUCUUGAGCUACGGCGCCUUCAGCAUGCUCGGUUACUUCGUCCUCAUUUUCACACUCGCCAACUACGCGAAUGUUAUUGGACUCUCGUCGUCACAAGCAUCGAUGAUACCAGCAUUCUUCAUGUUCGGCCAAGCCAUUGGCCGUCCUUGUAUCGGCUGGCUUAGCGAUCGGUAUGGCAGAAUUAACCUCACCUUUAUAAUGUCAUUCAUCACCGGAAUCUUGACCUUUGCGAUAUGGAUCAAUGCAAAGUCAUUUGGCGUGCUCCUGGCAUUUGCACUGGUUGGAGGUUUGUCAGCUGGUGUCUUUUGGGUCAACAUAUCACCCGUCAUUGCCGAGGUUAUGGGUCUCGAGAACCUAGUCUCGGCGUUGAGUUGUCUUUGGGUCGCUAUGGCUGCUCCGUCGACGUUUAGUGCUCCUAUUGCUCUGGAGAUCUAUACAGGAACAGGGAGCUACUUGGGCGCGCAGCUGUUUACUGGAUUUAUGUACAUUGCUGCAUCCUUUUGCGUACUUGGAGUAAGACGGUGGAAGAUCCGAAGUUUGGGUGCUGAGCGAGCAAGGUAUACUACCUCAACACCCAGGGAAGAUGGGCAAGAUCUGAAACCGAUGAGUUUAGAUUUAGAGUGUCUCAAGUUCGAUAUCGUAUAA